CGGCCGAAGGUGACGCGGUGUUGGCUUAGGUGCGGGGCUCCGCGGCACUCCGGGCAGUGGAUGGCAGUGGGAUGGAGCCCGAGGGGAGCGGCGGCGGCGGAUCGGCCGGGCUCAUGCAGCAGAUCCUCAGCCUGAAGCUCGUGCCACGAGUGGGCAAUGGGACCCUGUGCCCCAACUCCACUUCGCUCUGCUCCUUCCCAGAGAUGUGGUAUGGUGUGUUCCUGUGGGCACUUGUGUCUUCUGUCUUCUUUCAUGUCCCCGCUGGAUUACUGGCCCUCUUCACCCUCAGACAUCACAAAUAUGGUAGGUUCAUGUCUGUAAGCAUCCUGUUGAUGGGCAUCGUGGGACCAAUUACUGCUGGAAUCUUGACAAGUGCAGCAAUUGCUGGGGUUUACCGAGCUGCGGGAAAGGAGAUGAUCCCCUUCGAAGCCCUCACCCUGGGCACUGGACAGACAUUCUGUGUAGUGGUGGUCUCUUUUUUACGGGUUUUAGCCACUCUAUAGCAUACGGCCUUUCCCUGUCAUGGCACAGCUGCCUUUUAUAGACUCCUUCAAAGGCAGAGACAGUGUCGUGGUCUCUUCAUUCCUCAAGUGGAAGCAACUUGGAGGCGCCAGAAGGUAAAGAACACCACAGCUGUUUCCUCAGUGUGAAGCUCCAGCCACUGAAGACCCCUGUGGACGGACUCCUCUCUUUCUCAGCCAAACCAAGCUCCUUGGCUUUCUCUUCUUGUGGCUGUUUAGGUUUUACAUGCACACCUUUACCUAAGCCAACAAUGCCUCAAGUUUGCAUCUUUCGAACAGGAAUUUGCAUCAUUAUUUGCAAAUAUGCAACAUUGCUGUUUCAUAGAAACAGUGUACAAUGCUGUUUAAUUUUAAGGGUGUAGGCUGCACUGUACUAAAAGCGUAUCGUCAUGACAGUAGGCCGAGUUUCCUGGGCUGAGAAUCGCUCUGGGAACUAGCUGGCUGAGUGUAACAGGAAGAAGACCUGAAGUCCAGUUCAAAGUAAUGGCUUUGCUUCCACUGUCAAAAGUAGGUGACCACUGAGAAUGUGACAUUUUAUGGAUAACUAUUUUUGACCUCUGAUUAUUUAAUAUAUUUUAAGAGAUGUGAAUUUAUCAUUUGAUCAAAAUAAGCUAGCUA